CGGUCAUCGGUGUGUUUGUGGAGUUAUCCGCAGAAAAAAACCCAUCCACAUCCAUUUUUUGCAUGACAAACACAUGAGUUGAUACGUGUUUCGCAUGACAAAUCGGAUGUUGAUGGGUGUUUCUUCCUGGAUAGGCGUACAGAAACCAAACGUGGAGUAACGGCACGUCCACGCUUCCUGGGAUGGACCAUCUGGAUGGUGCUUCAGCUUCACCGACGAGCUCUGGCAGGCACAAGAGCGACCAGGUGUUGAGCGGCAACAACAAAAAGCGUCAACAUGCGGGUAC